AUGGUUGCAAUCACUCGAUCCAAGAAAACAACGACAGCCACGACCGCGAAGAAGCUAAGAGCGGGAGUCACGGAACACGAGACAAUACAAGUUGUACAAUCAAAGAUUUCUAAGAAUGUGACGUCAAAAAGACAACCCACUACCAAGAAGCUUUCCAAAGUCACAAAAACCAAACUGAGCCUCGAAGACCUCUUAGCUCAUGUCGAAAUCCCCAAGGAUUUAUCCCUCCCUCAACCAUUCAUUGACUACCAUACUUCCGACUUCAUUGAUGGUUUACAACAUGUCUUAAAGAUUGACCCGACUUUAUAUCCUGCUGUGAUUCAUAAGACGUUCCCCAGAUUUGCAAAAGACAGAACAGAUGGCGACAAGGAGGUAGACACGAUUCAUAGAUAUUGGUUUGCACUCAUUUCUUCAGUCAUUUCUCAACAAGUCAGUGGUCACGCGGCCCAGGCGAUUUCUCAAAGAUUUCGGGAAUUGUUUAAGGAUGAAGACCCAACUCCUGGAAAAACUCUACAGUUGUCUCCUGAAGAAUUAAGAGGGGCAGGAUUGUCGAAUCAAAAAGUGAAUUAUGUGAUUAGUAUCAGUCAGGCGUUCAAUAAUCCUAAUUGUCCACUAACUCAUUUGGAUUUCUAUACGAAAUCUUCAUUGGAUGAAAUAAUUAAAGAAUUGGUGAAAUUGAAAGGGAUUGGAAUUUGGUCAGCUAAGAUACCAGAGGUAUUACAGACGGUUAAAAGUGAGUGUAUUGACGAUGAAGAGAUUCAAGUGAUGUUGAAGAAGAAGGCUAAGUUUGCGAAGAAUGAUUCAAAGAGAAAUUGGGUUCCUGUUCAUGAUGAAUAUGUGAAAUUUGCGGCGAAGAGAUUUGCACCUUAUAGAAGUGUUUUUAUGUUGGUUUUAUGGAGAUUGGGGUCUACAAAUAUUGAAAUAUUGGAGAAUCUCAAUGAAUAA